CGCUCGUUGUCCUGUCCACCCCAACUCCCAAACGCCAUUUUUAACUUCUGCGAGCGUUUGCAGGAAGAAAUGGAGAAAUAGCUGCAGAAAGAAGGGAAAAGUUGAAAAGGAGAGAAAAAAAGAAGAAAAAUGCUAAAGCUGUGUCAGUCGGCAGCUCCCAGAUAGGUAUUUCUUCUUGUUGCGAUUGUUCGCACAGGACUUUCUCCAUUUUUGAUUUCCUGUUUUGAGUUGUGAAUUGCGAGUUGCGAUAUCAAUCUGAAAGAUCUCUUGCCCUCAUUUCUUGAUUUCUAGAUUUAUUGUUUCUUUCGAUUAUGUUUUGGUCUUUCCCGCUCAAAUGGUGGUAGAAAAUAGGAUUCGCUGGUUCAAAAUAUCUUCCAAAAUCAUAACUUUUGGUUCUUUUUUGUUCGUUUUACGUGAUUACGUUGAUUACUGAUUUCUGGUUUCAAGAAUGUCUUAUUUCUUGUAAAUUGUCUUCGUUACGUUGAGUAUUUGAGUUUCGUGUUUCAUGCAGAAAUUGGAAUCUUUACUGAAGGAUAUGUUGGAAACAAAUAGAAAACGAAAGGCUCUUCUCUUCGUCUGGUUGUUUCAGAUAUCGUUUAUUUUAAUUUUUCUGGAUUUCAUUCUUGAAGACGAAGGAUUAAGGUCCUAGGUAGUUGCUUAGGCCUUUGCUCGACCUUCCCUCCUCCACCAACAAAAUAAUGUUGGGUUAUUAGCUUGGCUGGGAGGAUGAAUGUGGUAGGUAAGGUCGGGAGCAUCAUUUCUCAGGGUGUUUACUCUGUUGCUACCCCAUUCCAUCCCUUUGGUGGGGCUGUUGAUGUUAUUGUUGUGGAGCAGCAGGAUGGGACCUACCGGAGCACCCCUUGGUAUGUGCGAUUUGGUAAAUUUCAAGGUGUCCUUAAAGGUUCUGAGAAGAUUGUUCGCAUCUCUGUAAAUGGAGUAGAAGCUGGUUUCCAUAUGUACCUUGAUAAUUCUGGUGAAGCGUAUUUAAUUGCAGAGGUUCUGCCCAGUAAAGAUCAGAAGAUUGACGGGCUUCAGAAGAAUCCUGAGGAUCCAGAAGUUCCACAGCUAGAAAGUAAUGGCAGCUGUAGCAUUGGUAACGACAGUAGUAAUGAUAAUUGCGUAAGUCUUAGUCGAGAUGAAAAUGCUGUAUCCAGUACAGAGGAAUUUUUUAUUUCCAAUGAAUGUCUUUCCUUAAAUAUAGACCAAAUUGAGAAUGUUGAAGCAGCUAACGAAAGACAGCUAUAUACAUUUCAAAGCGACAAAUCUCAUGGAGCGGAUUCCAUUGGGUCAUCAGAGUUUGAGGCUUAUCGUUAUGAGAGCUUAGAUCAUGUUGAGAAUGUUGUGGAAUCUCAGGGUCAAGACUCAGAGGUGGUGUUGGUGAGUGUGGAUGGGCACAUACUGACAGCACCAAUCUCUUCAUUGGAACAAAACACGGAUAAUCUGCAGUUAAGUACGCCACAAUUUCAUCUGGGUCCAGGUGACGGAACCGACUAUACUGGAGGCAAUGAGGAGUUUUGUACUGGUGAAGAUGGAUGGGCUGCUGAUUAUUUGAGUGAUAUUGAUGUAUCUGCACCUAAUAGUACCUCAGAAGGCAUACCCAUAUGUGAUGUUGACAAGGCUGAUCAGAAUCCUUCUGAAGUUUGUGAAAUUGCCAACAAAGUUAUCCCACAAACUCAAGAUGCUCAGACCAUUGAAAGCAUCAAAAGAGAUCAUGGUCACUCAAAGAAAGAGAUCUUUGGGAGUCGCUCAGAUUUCUCAGAUUUACGCAUUGGAGUUGCAGAUGCUCAAAACAUUGGUUCUCCAUGCAUGGAGGUGACCACAAAACAAGGCACUGAAGAUCCACUUGCUGUUUCUCCUUCCAGUCUUCCAGCAAAGGAGCAAACUGAAGCCACAAAUGAUCCCGUAUUCAAUGCUGGUAUUGGGUUAUCCCUACCUCCUAGUCCAGGUUCUGCCGGCAACAGUAUAUCUGCAGGUUUAAGCAUUGAUGUUGAGGCUUUUGAGAACAAUAAUUUGAUAGAUGAGAGAUCUGAUAAUGAUGAUUCUGACAGCAUGUCUGUCCAUUCUGUAAGCAAUGAUCCAGGAUGGAAGGAUGAACAAUUUGGUGUAGCACCAGAAGCUCUUGGGUUACACCGUAGUCCAGGAGGACCUUCGCUUGAAGAAGAAUGCAGUCGCAAUGAGAUAGCAGAAAUUCAGAAAGGAGCUUUAGGUGGAGGAAUGGGAUUUGAGAUUUCUCUAUGUGCAAAUCUUCUUUAUGCUGGAAUGGGGAUGGGUCCUGCUGGUGUAGCCUUUGAUGCACAUUGCAUAUCUGAAGAGGAGUUCAAAGCUUCUGCGGCAUUGAUUACUAAGAAUGAAAACCUUAUUGUUAGAUUUAAAGAGAGGUACUUAACAUGGGAUAAAGCUGCUCCUGUGAUUCUCGGAAUGGCUGCAUUUGGUUUAGAUUUACCUGUUGAGCCAAAAGAUGCAAUUCCUGUCGAACAGGAUGAGUCACCAAAGCCCCAGGAAGAUGAUUCUGGAGCCACUUCCUCACCUUCUAGCCGCAGAUGGAGGCUUUGGCCAAUACCAUUUAGAAGAGUUAAAACUCUCCAGCACACCACCAGUAACUUAUCAACUGAGGAGGUGUUUGUUGAUUCAGAACCUGGCUCACAAAACCCACCUCUGGAACCAUCUCCAACAUCCGGGGGUGACAGUGAGUCUCGUCAUAAGCAGAUAGUAAGAACAAUUGUUCCCACUACUGAGCAGAUUGCUUCUUUGAAUCUUAAAGAAGGUCAGAAUAUGGUAACCUUCAGUUUUUCUACCAGGGUCCUAGGAACUCAAAAGGUUGAUGCCCAUAUCUACCUGUGGAAGUGGAAUGCACGGAUUGUCAUCUCUGAUGUUGAUGGGACCAUUACCAAGUCGGAUGUCCUUGGUCAAUUCAUGCCACUAGUGGGGAAGGAUUGGACGCAAUCUGGAGUAGCACGGCUUUUCUCUGCCAUUAAGGAAAAUGGUUAUCAACUACUUUUUCUGAGUGCACGUGCAAUUGUUCAGGCAUAUCUAACCAGAAGUUUUCUUCUCAACAUCAAGCAGGAUGGAAAAACAUUACCAAAUGGGCCUGUUGUCAUUUCACCUGAUGGAUUAUUUCCUUCAUUGUACCGAGAAGUAAUAAGAAGAGCACCUCAUGAGUUCAAGAUUGCAUGUUUAGAGGAUAUUAAAGCACUUUUUCCUAAAGAUUACAAUCCAUUCUAUGCGGGCUUCGGGAAUAGAGACACUGAUGAGCUCAGCUACCGGAAAAUUGGGAUCCCAAAAGGCAAAAUAUUCAUUAUCAAUCCUAAGGGUGAAGUAGCCAUCAAUCACAGCAUUGAUGUGAAGUCAUACACCUCUUUGCACACGCUAGUCAAUGACAUGUUCCCACCCACUUCAUUAGUUGAGCAGGAGGAUUUCAACUCAUGGAAUUAUUGGAAAAUGCCACUGCCUAACACUGAUUGACAAUAUACGUUAUUGAGAGUUUUUUUUUGUAAAAUCAAUUGGGGCAACCAAGAAGGUGGGAGGGUCGGGAUUAUUUUCACGGCCUGCACUCCAAU